GAUUAAGAUGGCGGCGGCAUUGACGUACCAUCCAGCGGUUAAUUUAAAAAAUGACUUUCGGCCAAUCAGAAUCAAGUAUUCAACGGCUUCGUAGGACUAUGUUAGCGAAUGUGUCUUUUGUAGGAAUCUGUGAGUCUGUAAAGCUCUUUCUGACCGAGUUUCAUGUGUUUUCCAAUAAAAUGGAGGCUGAAGUCAUGGCUGAAGUGCAUCUGUGCUCGAGCUGGACUUAUUUACUCUGUUUUUCCACCUCUAUGUAACGCUAUAAUCCUCAGAGCUGAUUCUGAUCUCUGACUCUGAAUUUCUGUCGUGUUAAAGAUUAACUGGCGGUUUGUUUUGUUGAUGAACUCAUUGAAACUGAUCAAACAGUGCUGAUCCUCAUAUAAACAGCAGGAGCACGCGCAUUUACUCACAGCACUGACGACUCUCAACAGCGAUGUCUUCAGCAUCAGACAUCAGUCCUCUGAGCACACACGUGCUGAACACCGGCGAUGGGGUCCCGGCUCAGAGGAUGACCCUCAGUCUGCACCGGCUGGAGCCCCGCAUCACCGUCUGGAGCCUCGUCACCGUCGGGAGCACGAAUGAGGACGGCCGCUGUCCAGGCCUGAUCAGCAGAGACGCCUUCACUCCAGGAAUGUACAAGAUGCGCUUCGAGACGCAGCAGUACUGGGAGAGUCUGGGUCAGUCCAGCUUCUACCCCUAUGUGGAGAUCAUCUUCACAAUAACAGACGUGGAUCAGAGGCUUCAUGUGCCGCUGCUGAUCAGCAGAUUCUCCUACAGCACAUACAGAGGCAGCUGAGAUGACAAGCACAGGGCCGCAUUCACCAAACAUUUUCCUAUAUGAACCUGUGUACAGACAAACCGAGUAAACAGAGAACAGUCUGCAGCUGAGUGGGGGCGGGGUUUACUGCUUUUCUGUGAGUGAUGUCAUAACACAGAGAGGGGGAGGAGCCUCUGAUAGAUUUGAUUCAUUGAAGUAACAGAGCCCAAUUUUAAGUUUCCUUAUUCAAAUAAACGAGUCAACAUCCGAAUACUGCCCUGUUUAAAUAAAGAUUUUAAAAUGCAGAUUAAUUGCACUGCAAAAGUAUGUUCCUUGCUUUUAAUGUUUUGGACAUUCUAUAAACAUUGUCUUGCAGUGUUAAGUUAGUGUAUUUUCUUAGGAGAUAAUUGACUAUAUUUUCAUUUAUUCUCCUCUGUUUAAUUUAGAAGCUACUUUAAUUCUAAGAUGUUUUGUAAGAGCGAGCUCAGUCUAUUACACACCACAGCGUUACUUUCUGAAUGGACAUUUAAAUGUAAUAUUUGGAUUUAUUAUUUUCAUUCUAUAAAAAUAAAGUUUUAUGAACACAAUUUAGUGUUUGUUGAA